UCAAAAUGUUUGCCUUGCCUUGAACUUAACCUAAAAAAAUGAUGAGUAUUUCGAGAAAUUUAGACAAAAUUUUUUUGAGAAAUGUAGAAAAGCAGAUAGUAGCUUGCUAUUCCAAUGCAGCAGAACCAAAAAAUGAUAUAAAAGAUGAAUUUCGAGUACUAAAUCUGAAACAUGUUAGGGGGCAAGUUCAACAAAGAAAGCCGCCUAGAAAAAUAGAAGUUUUGCCCCCUAGAGCGAAUAAAAUGGCUGUUGAUCAAGACUGGGGGAGCGUGUGGCCAGGUCCCAGAUCAUUCCAUCCGGCAACUGUCCCUUUACCAAUACGACAAGGUUACGCGGAGAAAGGGGCGUCUCCAGAUAAAUAUGCAAAUGCAGAAUUAAUGAAAAUACCCAAUUUCCUUCACCUUACUCCUCCUGUAAUAAAAAGACAGUGUGAAGCUUUGAAGAAGUUCUGCACACCUUGGCCAAAAGCUCUAAACACGGACGGAAAAUGUGCAAAGCAUUUUCCAAUUGAAGUAAUUUCCAGCGAUUACUGUCAUUCGUCCCCGUCGAUAAGAGAUCCACUGGCUAGAAUAGUUAACGUACAAUUCAAAUUAUCUGCUUUGCAGCUUACUCAGAGAGCACGGGACAAGUUUUUAAGGUUAGUCGGUGAAAAGUAUGAUGAGGAAAGUGACACAGUAACGAUAAUAACAAACCGAUGCCCUCUGAAGAAGCAAAAUUAUGACUACGCCAUGUACUUGAUCACUGCACUUUAUCAUGAGUCAUGGAAAGUUGAACCGUGGGAAGAGUUGAAAUCCGAGGCAGACAUGGAAUAUUACGACUGGAACAAAAAUGCGUCUAAAGCAAGCAUUGAGGCCAUUUUCGGAAGAUUAUCGGAGGAGAUUCCGAACGUUUCGGAAUAUUCUGAUGCUGUUACGUUCCUUAUGAACGAAGGUGAGAGCGAAUAUAGCGUCACAAAAUAUGGAGAAGUGGUAAGAAAAAUUCUAAAUUUGCCUUCAUCGAUUAGUACGUAGGAAUAAAAAGUUUUAACCAGUUUCCAAAUAAUGAUUUGUUCUCAGUUAUGAAUAGGAAUUAAAAAAAUAUGUUGUUUUUCUUUAAAUAAAUUAAAUUUUAACUUGUA